CUCUACAAAGCCCUCAUCGGGUGUCCACUCUUCAUGUGCUGAUGUUGGAGCGGGUUGUGCUCUUCUUCUCAACAACUAAGUUUUAGUAUAGCUUUUGUUUUUAUUUUAGUCGAUCUGAGGCUCCCAGAACAUCUGUGUGACAGCUUCCUUAAACUGAGGAAGUUGUAGUUUUAUCCAGUGUAACUGAACGAGCUGUAAAACACUGUUAGGUUGGACAUUUCUGGACUGCUGAAAUCCAUUCAGGAGUAAUAGACACUGUUAUUUUUAAUUCUGACAGCCGUCAAAAGUUAUUGAUCAUGUCUUUUGUUGCUGACCUGUAUAAAUCGAGUCCUAAUGCAGGAAUGGCGGAGUUUCAGGAGAAGCUGAGACUGCAGCAUGAGAACUCCAUGCACACAGAGCUGGAGAAGCUCUUGAGCACCGCAAAAACACCAGAGGUCGAGAUCUCCAGGAAGGACUUUGAGGGCUUCAAGAAGCUUUUCCACCGUUUCCUUCAGGAGAAGGGGCCGUCUGUUGACUGGGCCAAGAUCCAGAGACCACCCGAAGACUCGAUCCAGCCAUAUGAGAAGAUCAAGCUGAAGGGUCUUCCAGCCGAUGUGGCAUCCAGUCUUAAUAAACUGGCCGUGUUGAAGCUCAAUGGAGGUUUGGGGACCAGCAUGGGCUGCAAAGGGCCCAAAAGUCUCAUCAGCGUCCGAAAUGAAAACACUUUCCUGGACCUGACUGUACAGCAGAUUGAGCAUUUAAAUAAAACGUAUAAUGCCGACGUGCCGCUGGUGCUGAUGAACUCAUUCAACACUGACGAAGACACCAAGAAGAUCCUGCAGAAAUACACACAUCACCGCGUCAAGAUACACACCUUCAACCAGAGCAGGUACCCCAGAAUCAACAAGGAGUCUCUGUUACCGGUGGCCACAAAUAUGAGCCUGACGGGAGAGAAUGAGGAGGCCUGGUACCCACCGGGUCACGGAGACAUUUACGCCAGCUUCUACAACUCAGGCCUGCUGGACAAGCUCAUCGCCGAAGGGAAAGAGUACAUCUUCGUGUCCAACAUUGAUAAUCUGGGCGCCACGGUGGACUUGCACAUCCUAAACCACCUGAUGAGCCAACCCAAUGACAAACGCUGCGAGUUCGUGAUGGAGGUCACCGAUAAAACCAGAGCUGAUGUCAAGGGUGGUACACUGACUCAGUAUGACGGUAAACUCCGGCUAUUGGAGAUUGCUCAGGUGCCCAAAGCUCAUGUAGACGAGUUCAAAUCAGUCACCAAGUUCAAGAUUUUCAACACCAACAACUUGUGGAUGAGUCUGCCAGCCAUCAAACGGCUCCACGAGAAGAACGCCAUGGACAUGGAGAUCAUCGUCAACCCUAAGACUCUAGACGGUGGUCUGAAUGUCAUACAGUUGGAAACGGCUGUCGGCGCCGCUAUGAAGAGUUUUGACAACGCACUGGGCAUUAAUGUUCCCCGCAGCCGCUUCCUGCCAGUCAAAACCACGUCUGACCUGCUGCUGGUCAUGUCCAACCUGUACAGCAUGAACGCCGGAUCGCUGACCAUGAGCCCUAAGAGAGAGUUUCCCACAACACCACAUGUCAAACUGGGCAGCUCCUUCACUAAGGUGCGAGACUUCCUGAAGCGGUUUGAAAGCAUCCCGGACAUGCUGGAGCUGGACCACCUCACUGUAUCAGGAGAUGUGACCUUCGGAAAACAGCUCACACUGAAGGGAACAGUGAUCAUCAUCGCUAAUCAUGGAGACAGAAUCGACAUCCCGGCCGGAGCCAUGCUGGAGAACAAGAUCGUUUCUGGAAACCUGCGCAUCCUGGACCACUGAGGCCUUCACAACACAAAUACAGCAUGACUACAACACAACAGCAACAUACCAACAACAUGACUAAAAACACACCCACAAUACGACUACAACAACUAAAAUAUUUGACUACAAAUGACUACACCACAACAACUACAAAGACAUGAAUACAACACACUAACAACAUGACUUCAACACAACAUAAUAACCCAACUACAACAACUUAAAUAUGACAUUUUGACUACAAAAUGACUACACAACAACUACAACUGCAUGACAACAACACACUAACAAUGUGACUACAACACACCGACAACCAGACUACAACACAACACAACAACCCAACUAAAAUAUGACAUUGACUACAAAAUGCCUACACAACAACUACAACGUGACUACAGCCCAGCAUAACAGCCUGACUACAAUUUUGAGUCUGAAAGACUUUUUGAGUACAAAAUAACUACAACACAACACACAACACAACACAACAACUUAAAUGUGACAUUUUGACUACAAAAUAACUGCAGCACGACUACAACAGCAUGACUACAACACAACUACAAUACACAAACAACAUGACUACCACUAAAAUAUGACAGUUUGACUACAACACACUAACAACGUGACUUCAACACACAAAUAACAAGACUACAACACAACAACUAAAAUGACUUUUUUACUACAAAAUGCCUACACAACAACUACAACAGCAUGACUACAACACACUAACAACAUAACUACAACACACCAACAAAAAGAUUACAACCCAAGACAACAACCUGACUACAACUAAAAUGUCAUUUUGAGUACAAAAUGACUACAGCACACUAAAAACAUGACUAUGACAAACCAACAACAAGAUUACAACACAACAACCCAACUACAACAACUAAAAUAUGACAUGUUGACUACAAAAUGACUACAACACAGCGACAACAAGACUACCACACAACACAACAACUAAAAUAUGACAUUGACUACAGAAUGCCUACACAACAACUACAACGGCAUGACUACAACACACUAACAACGUGACUACAACCCAACACAACAGCCUGACUACAACUAAAGUAUGACAUUUUGAGUACAAAAUAACUACAACACAACUACAACACACAAACAACACAAAAACUUAAAUGUGACAUUUUGACUACAGUACAACAACAACAGCAUGAGUACAACACAACUACAACACACCAACGACCCGGCUACAACUAAAAUAUAACAUUUUGACCAACUAAAAUAUGACUACAACAUAACUACAGCACAAACAACUACAAUACGACUACAGCAUGCCUACAACAAUACGGCUAGAGCUUGACUACAACAUGACUACAUCACAACUACAACAAGAACAUGACUACAAUGCUAAAUCACAUCUACAGCGCAAAUGAAUCACGAUUACAGCAUGACUACUACACCACCACUAUGACUACAAACCACAGCAUAACUGAAACAAGACAACUCUAACAUGAUUACAGCAUGACUACUACAACACAUCUACAGCAUGACUACUACAACACAACUAUGAUUACAGCAUAAAGCCUCCAUCAUGUCACCGGGGCAUUUAUCAUUUAUGUGUGUGUAUAAAUGUGAGUGUGGCCAUCAAAAGCCAUCCAUCUGACCAGCAUUAAGUGCCCAUCAGACAUGACAGUGAGCUGGGCUGAAUAUUCAGGUUAAGCAUGACUGGUUUUGCUGCUAUGUAGCUCUCAGUAAUGGCAGAGGUUGGAAACAGGUGCUGUCCCUUUAAAACCUCAUCUGUCCAUAGAAAUAAAAAUAAAAAAAGCACCAUUCUGAAGAUCAA